UGUUCUGAUAUUAAUGACUGCUGAGGAGACGGCGGCGCAUCUAUGUGGUCCGCCUGACACUUGAUCGAGGGGAGAGAUGCGCCCUUAACAGCCGCUGUAAAGACGGGAAGGGAAGGGCACAGGGAACGCGUGAAUCUCUUUCCACGCUCUCGCCAACCUGCUUUUGGACUUCGCCGUUUUUUGCUUUUGCCCUACGUCCUCACACAGAAGCCGAGUGUUUUAGCUGUGGAAGAGAGUCCAGAACUGAUUUCUCAUCAACUGCGUGAAAAUAAGAAGACCACACAUUGUUGACUGGCUUUAUGUCGCGCGCUGGGGGCUCUCUCGUCAUUGGAGCAGCGCACUUGAUGGGAAUAUAGACAACACACACUGUUCCGAGGACUAUGAUGGUUAAACCGGGUAGGAAUGGAUUGGGCUGUGGACUCUGGAAGCUAGUACUGACAAUCAAUGAGGACAUCCGUCUUUAAAGAAAGCGCAGAGUCUUCAUGGAUACCUAUAAAUGUGCUCCACACAAGUACUUUAAGGUAUAAUAUCAGUCCUUCCUUUUUUUGUUUUUGCCUCCGCCCACCUUCUCGGGUCUGCUUGGCUGCAGUCUUGGUCCUGAACCCUGACACCAGCAGGCAGCACUGAGUGAUUGGUCAUUACAUCCAAGGGCGUCAACACAGCAAGACAAAAAAAUCCCUUGGGAGCCCCCGCUGCAGCUGGUGGUGGUGGCGGUGGUGGUGGCAGGGGCGGUGAGUCAAUCGCCUCAGCAGCUGCAGCACAUGAUUCAUUAUUUGUGAAGUUAAGGGCUCAGACCACUUAAUCUACAAGGACCAAUUUCUUACUGGAGGGAAUCGGUCCAAUAUGAAGGACGUGUCAUUCGUGGAUCGUCUCUUUGUCGGCUUGGCCAUGGCCUCUUUUGUUGUGGCCACUGAGGAGAGGCCUGAUUGCCCAAAGCUCUGUGUGUGUGAGAUUAGACCCUGGUUUUCUCCCAGUUCUGUGUACAUGGAGGUGCACACAGUUGACUGUAAUGACUUGGGACUCUUUAGCCUGCCGGAAAAAUUACCAGUGGGCACACAAGUACUGUUACUGCAAACAAACAACGUUGCCAAGAUUGACAAACCCUUGGAUUACCUGGCCAACAUCACAGAGAUUGAUUUAUCGCAAAACAACUUAUCCUCAAUUAGUGAUGUCCAUCUGGGGAACCUUCCUCAGCUGCUGUCCCUUCACAUGGAAGAGAACUGGAUACGAGAUUUGCCGGAACAAAGCUUGGGAGAGUUAGCUAACCUUCAGGAGCUCUAUAUGAAUCACAACCUCAUCUCCUCCAUUUCCCCGAUGGCUUUCCAGGGUCUCAGCAACCUUGUGCGGCUCCACCUCAAUUCUAACAAGCUGACGACCAUUAAAAGGGAGUGGUUCGAACCCAUGCCAAAUCUGGAGAUCCUGAUGAUUGGUGAGAAUCCAGUUCUUUCUAUUGAUGAUAUGAACUUCAAACCUCUCAGUAACCUCCGCAGUCUUGUUCUCACCAGAAUGAACUUGUCUCAGCUUCCUGACGAUGCGCUGGCUGGUCUUGAUAACUUAGAGAGCAUCUCUUUCUAUGAUAAUAUUUUCCCUGAGGUGCCUCACUCUGCCCUGAGAAAUGUAAAAAAUCUGAAGUUUUUGGAUCUAAAUAAAAACCCCAUUGCGAGGAUACAGAGAGGGGACUUUGUGGAUAUGCUCCAUUUGAAAGAACUGGGGAUUAAUAGCAUGCCAGAGCUAGUUUCCAUCGACAGCUUUGCCCUCAAUAACCUCCCUGAGCUGACCAAAAUAGAAGCCACCAACAAUCCUAAACUCUCCUACAUCCAUCCUAAUGCUUUCUACAAACUACCACGGCUGGAAACCCUAAUGCUAAAUGGCAAUGCGCUCAGUGCCCUCCACAGGAUUACUGUCGAGUCCCUCCCAAAUCUCAGAGAAGUUAGUAUGCACAGCAACCCUAUCCGCUGUGACUGUGUAGUCCGCUGGAUGAACAUGAACAAGACCAACAUUCGCUUCAUGGAGCCUGAUUCACUCUACUGUGUGGAGCCUCCGGAGUAUGAGGGGCAGCAUGUCCGACAGGUGCACUUCAGGGAGAUGAUGGAGAUUUGUCUGCCACUCAUCUCUCCUGAAAGUAUGCCUGGGCAUAUUAAAGCACAGAAUGGAAGUUCAGUGUCUCUCCAUUGUCGGGCUUUCGCCGAACCAGAGCCGGAUAUCUAUUGGAUCACCCCAUCUGGCACCAGGGUCUUGCCUAACACCGUCUCUGACAAGUUCUACAUGCACCCAGAGGGAACUUUUGACAUCUAUGACAUAACAGAAAAUGAAGCUGGUCUUUACACUUGUGUUGCCCAUAAUCUGGUUGGAGCUGAUCUUAAAUCUGUUUCAGUAGAGGUGAAUGGAUAUUUUCCUCAACCUGCAAAUGGGUCUCUGAACAUUGCGGUCAAAUCAGUGGAGACAAACUCCAUCCUGGUUUCCUGGAAGGCCAGCCCUGGUACCCUGGCUCCCAACAUUAAAUGGUACACUCUGUCAGAUGCCAACCAUCCCACCACUGCGUUUACCACCAGGGUUCCUUCUGACAUCCAGGUCUACAACCUCACUCAUCUCAGCCCCGCCACUCACUACAAAGUGUGUGUGGAUGUCCGCAGCAUCCACUACAACCAUGACACCAAAUGUGUCAAUGUCACCACCAAGGGAUUAGAGCUGGCAGUCAAGGACACAGAAAAAUGGGACGCAGCAGUAAUCACCGUCUUUGGUGUGCUCUUGGCUGUGAUUUCAGUGGCCUGCCUGCUUAUUUAUGUGUCUCUGAGGAACCACCACCUUUAUGGGGAUAUAAGGAAAUGCGACUCCAAAGCUUCGCUGACACCAGUGGAAGCUACCAGUAUGCAUUCUCCUUUCUUUACAAAGCUGUGGGUAUCGGGUAAGGGACUACCAAGUGGAGUGGAAGUGAAAGCCACAGUCAUAAAUGUAUCUGACAAUGCCUUUUAAAGAAGCGCAGCUUUGUAGAGCACCACACACCAACUACACUGAAUGGACAAGGCCAUGGGCAGGGGUGGACGAAUCUGUAGUACUGUUUCAAAGGCAUACCCAUUGCUGGUCCCUGGCUCAGCUACUCUGGCAAACUGUUAUUGGACUGGGAUGGAACUGUUUAAAAUAGAGUACAUGCUCUCCCAGUUUCAACCCAAGCUGAAGUGGUGGCUUUGUAACCGUUACAUCAAACCAAGCUAACAUCAACAGGAAGGGGGCAUUUACUGCAAAAAGAUAUAUUUCAGUACCAUUCAUACAGAAAUACAGGCAGAGAAAACGAAGUGAAGAUGAUGAUGAUGAUGAUGGUCAACUCUCUUGUAAUUGACUGUUAAAUGUGUUCAGAGUUGUGGAACUGUCUGUGUGGUCCCAAGCAAUACCGUCUGUGCUUUGUCAAACAUCCAUAGACGAGUUAGAGAUACAGUAAUAACACCUGUCUAUUAUGGGAAGGGAGAUUUAGUAGAGUAGACAAAUAACAGUGACUAUGGUGUAAGCCUUUUGAUGAAAUAUACCCCCCUCUCCCUCUUUUCUAUUUAAAGAUGGAUUCUUGAUUUUUCAUGGAAAUACUGUUAUAUAUUCUAUUAUGUUGAUGUAAUGACAAAUCCUCUGUAUCUGAACAGUUUAAAUGGGUUUUAAAUUAAGGCAAGGAGCAGACUACUUUUGAUUACAAUGUCACAUUAAGCUUAAUGAAAUUCAGCUACAAAAUGGGCAUCUAGAGAGGACAUUUUCCAAAUGGCUGUUUAUGCUGUGUAGUUCUCAUUGCAAUGGUGACUGGGAAAAAAAUGUGGAUAAUGUUGGACUGAAAGAGAUAUAGCAGGUUGGUAAAAAUGGAGGCGAUCAAUGUGUUAUUGCCUCAAGAAGCUGUCUGUUAUGCCCUGGUAAGUGCCUACAACAAGAACUACAUGAGGUAAACAGAGAAGACACUGAAGAAACACGUCAGCCACAGCAGAACAUGGCCAUGUCAUCAUUGCAGAAUCACAAGCUAUUCUCCAGUACUUUUAGUGGAAAUACUUUCUCAGUAUUUUUAGCAUACAUAUUUUAAGAAAACAUUUUGUUGUUGCUUUGGGUGUAAAGUUAAAAAGCCAUUUUUAUAUUAACUGUAUUAUAUGUGAUCAAUGGGCACAACAGACUAAUUAAGAAAAGAGCUAAGAAAAAAAAUAAAUGUCAUUGUUUCUUUUACAAACAAUUGCCUACUUUCUCUCUUUUGCUUUCUUCUCAUAUUAGCUAUAAUACCAUUGGUUUGCAUUUGUUUUUUUCAUUAUUCAAUCAUGGGUUAAUGUGAAAUAUCUAAUGACAUAUCUGUGACAUUUCAUCUGCAAGUAUGUCAAAGAAAAUAUUAAUAAUGACCAAGUGGUACAGAACAAAAAACUGUCUUUGAGUCAGACCACAGGGGCAAAGUCAGGAGACUUCAGCUGAAUGGCUGAAUGGUUGUCCUAACCCUAACCCAGAAGGAAAAAAAAAAAAAAAAAAACAGCAACAAAAGAACAGAACUCAUUAGCCGCCUCAUUAAGAACAUGUUCGUCCUUCAGCUGGUCUGAAUAUAGUCACUGUGCUACAGCUACAGCUGCUGCUGCUCCUGCUUAGACAGGGACACAGCGUCCCUACGACAGAGAGAUGAAGUACAGUACUGAAAAGUCAACGCAGGGUGGGAUAGAGCUGAGUCUAAGCUUUAGGACUCACAUUUUAUUUGUCUUACUGAAUUAUCCAGCGCACAGAACAUUUCACAUGAGAAAGCCAAGCAUGAUGAAUGGUUGUCAGAGGCGGAGUGACGUGGUGGAUUUAUCAAACAGAGCCUAACACUCAUACAUCAGGCCAGCCUUCAGCACCAUGGACAGAGGCUUUUAGAGCCGAGCCAUCUGUCAAAGACAAAGGGAGUUAAAAUAUGACGUGGUGUGCUCCUCAGGUAAUGCUCAGGUCAGAUUGAGUAUGUCUCUUUGCAAAUACAGGCCCACGUACAGAUGCACAAACAAGCCUGACAGAGUUACAAAUGUAUCUACAUUUACAGGAAAACACAAACGCAAAUUCAAGGUCAUUGACUGACACAAAGAGUUAUUCAUAGAAGAGGACAAAAACAUGUGAACACAGUCAAGUACACGUAUAUACAAACACACACACACACACACACAAUCAACCAACCUUUGAUACCCAGAGGUGUAGCAGCCUCUGCCUGCGUGAUUGGAAAAAGACAACAUGACUGCCAAAGAAGCCACUAAAUGAGUUGACCAACCAAACAUGUUCUUUGAGAUGAGAGCAGCUCGUGAAUAUUAGCCAUAUUGUUCUUCUUAUUUAUUUAUUUUUCUGCAAUUCGUGAUUUGAUUACAUACUUGAGUGAAUAAGCCGAAUGUUAUCCAGAAACUCAUCUCUCCUGCUGUCUGUCCCAAUCUCAUGCAUUUCCGCAAUCUCUCUCUUCUCUCUCGCUGAUGACACUCUCUGUCCUCUGGCAGGCAUGUGAGGCAUAUGUGCAUUCAAAGCAACCUAUAUUAGAAAAAACCCUCUGGAUUUAGCUUAAAUCCCACAUGAAAAGAACCAGUGAGCUGUCACCAUUUAAUCCACAGUGAGGAAGGCAAAAUUAUGUUUCUCGCUGAAUCUUCAAAUAUUUCAAAUAUUAAAACCACCUUGUUCUAUUCAGAAAAGCCAUCUGCACUGAGGCAGAUAUUAAAAUGUGCUCUGUGAAGGCUUAUGGAUGGGUGUUCCUGCGGGUUACAUAUUCAUUUUAAUUUUGUGAGGAUCAUUGUCAGGCUGCCUGAGAUUUGAUGGUGCAAUCCAACAGUGGUAGGUGCAAGUUCAAUAGCCUAUUUAUUUAUUUCAUUUUUAUCACAAGACAAUCAUUAAGUCAGUGGCUGGCAGGUAAUUUCCUUUUUACCUUAUUAGAGGGAAGAGAUGUGAAAAAAUGUGAUAUAGGAAUGAAUUUGUGAGCCUGUUUAAAUAAUAUUACUGAGUUGAUUCAGACGUGCUAUUAUAGGACACAUUUGGGAAUGCUCUACUGCAAUGACUAAUUUCCUAGAGCACAUACAAAGGGACUAUUUAAACACAAUGUAUUUAACAGUUUUUCAAGUAGCUCAUAUUCAUUAGCUUUAUUCACACAACAGCCUCAUUUCAUAAUACGUUUUUUUUUUCUUUUUGAAAGCUGUAAUUAAAAUAUUUAAUUUACCCUCUAUCUGAGACGAGAUAAAAAAAAUUCCAAUAGCACUGCAAGGGCUGCAGAAAGCAAACAAUGUUCAAGCUGCGAGGCAUUUUUAUACGUUUGAAUUAUCAGCUUAUUAAAGUUACAAACUUCCACGUAGGUCAGCCAGUGUAGCUACAGGCAGCCACACUCCAAUGAAAAGUGAAAAUGUCAACAUGCAUUUACAGUCCUGCUGCUAGCACUAUGUUUAAUGCCACUGCUUGCUUUUAAGAGGCCGUUAUAGCCCACAAUUGGAAAAACAACCAGAUGACCUAUGGAUUGCAAUAAGAAAGCACUGAUUUCUUUCAUGACAGAAUAAAAAUGUAUUUGCCUCUUGGACCCUGUAUUAAUUAAAGCAACACUUUUGCUGCAGCGGUGUAAAUUGUUUUGUGUCCUAUCACCUGGAGCUGAUGUUAGUGCCAAUGACAGGUGAAUUUUUCACUUAUCAGUGAGCCAGUGCAUCGCAAUUCUGAACAUGCAUUGCAGUGUAUUUCCUGAAAAGUAGAGACAGAAUGUCACAGCAGAUUUGGCAUGGCUCAUCAAAAACCAACCAGUCAAAAGCCAUUUGUGUGUGUGUGUGUGUGUGUGUGUAUUUCUGCUCUGUGUGGCCUCUUCCUGUCUCCAUUUCCAUAACCAUCACUCCCAAUGUGUGCAGCUAAAAAUGUUGUUCUUUUCUUCUAGUCUAUGCGGUGUGCAGUUAGAAUUACAUGAGCGUGAACUCACAUCCACAUACUUGCAGUCCCAUUUACAUACAGGCAAAGUGCCCUACCAAAACACAGCUGCUAUUAGUCAUCUCCAGUUUUGAAGUAACAUGUCGGAGGAGAAUUGCUUUCACAUUUACAUAUUUCCUCUGAUUCACAGUCCGCAUGACAUCACUGAAACUCCACAUAUAAAAGAGGAAGCCAAUUGAUUCAGACUUCCAUGCAAAUGAGAGGUUUCUCAGCGUAAGUAACCCAACGUAUUGAUGAACACACAGCCAUACGUCUUGUGUGAGCCACAGUGUGGGAAUGAUAUGACUCUGCAGAGGGCUUUUCUACUAAUUGGAAGACCAAUUCUCAAACAGCUGAUUGGUUUCCUGGACUACUGAUUGAUUAGUGCCUCCCUUUGUCUCACUGCAGUUUCCUCUAUGAAGUGGCAAUGCAGCCUGUGCCGGGGUCAGAUCGAUGCAGGGACUAAUGAGUUAUUCACAUGCAUGUGCUCACAUUAAUGAUGAAUUGGGAUUGGGGAAAAAACAGGGAAGCACAGUCCUAACAGGCGAACAUGUAAGGACAUACAAGGAUGCUCUUUUCUUUGUUGGUUUAACAAAGCAUUGUCAGCCUCACGGCACACAUGCACUGUCGCUCUCAUCAGAUUCAUUAGCCCUAUAGAGGCCAUCGAUACUCGCAGCUGCCCGCAUUAAUCAUCUCUGAUCAUUAAAGUCCUGUUGUGAAAUGGCGGAAGAGCCACCUACAGUUAUAGUCUUUGUGUAAGUGCCACCUUUUUACUGCAGGCUUGUUUACGUAAUGCUUCACUCUGAUCCGUCUGUAAAAACCCUGCUGCAGACUUUACUCUCAAUUAGGAUGAUGGAAGGUUUCAAGAGUAGUUAGGUAGUCAUUCAAUCGAGCUCUGAGGUAAAGUAGACCAGUAUCCAGGACAUUUUUGAUUUAAAUAAUGAAUUCCCAUUAAGCAAAUAUUUGCAAAAGCAUGUAUAAAUGCUCAUUUACUCACUGGUAAUUAUUCACUGGCGAAAGUGACAGAGCAUUUGCAACAACUGUCGUUAUUAUUCACAUAAUCAGGGGAGCAUGUGAGAGGAACAAAUGGAAAAUGAUGGGGAUACUACGACUUCAAGGAGUUUAUGUUUCAUUUAACCCAACAAACAGAAGAGGUUAUGGGCAAUUGUUACUCUAACAUGCAGUGUUUUAGUCAUUUAUCAAGACCCUUUGGUUAAAGAGACAGAAAUGUACAGAAAAAUAACUGUUGUGGGUAUCUCAUUAAAACUACUUUGGUACAAUUUU